GGGGAAGGAGGCAUUGUGACUGAGUGUGAGUGAAGACUGUAGCCUAGAAAUAAAUAUGGGCACGGGAAAAAAGACAGCUCAAGAAGUGCAGGAAACUACACCCAUUAGCAGCAGGGUCUCUGCGGGCAAAACCCGUCGCGCUUCGCUUCAAAACCGUGCAUUAUCUCCCCCUAAAAGGCAGCAUGGGAAAAGGAAACAUGAGCGGGAUUUAGAUGACCAAGAGAAAGGUACGCCGAGGAAGAAAGCGUACAUCGCAGGAGAGACCAGCUUAGUACGGAAGCAUCCUAUUGUCAUGCUGUCACAGGUGACACCCGAGACUUUAGCUCACGUGACCACUGAACACGCCGAGGAUACAGAUGAUGAGGCCCCGGGCAAUCAGGAGCAGUCGGACCUCUCUCCGUACGAACUUGAAAGGUUAAACAACAUAAAAGAAAAUGCUAAAUUUCUGCAGUCCUUGAAAUUGCUGGAGUGCGCUAAAGGUCUAACUUCUGUGAAAAGUCAAAAUAAAACCAGUGGAACUAAAAGGGUAAAACCUUUAAAGGUAGAGGAAGUUACAGCAAGACGCCGUUCCACGAGACUGCAGAGAAUUACUCCAGAUGUAGUCCCUGUUCCUACUGACCCUGAACCAGUGGAAGAAAAUAAAAUUAAACCUCCAGGUCCAUUGGACAUGAUUGCCAUCUAUGAUCGGGAUGACCAGAGCACAUUAAACAGCUUCCUGAAAACAUGGGAGUCAAUCAGCAAGGAGGAGAUGCAUUGCUCCACAAAACCAUCAUCCGUGGACCUUAAAAGAUAUGUGGCUAACCUAAAGCGAAUGACCCUGCAAAAAGAGACUGUGGCAAAGGUGGUUCACAGCCGUAUUUUUUCCGUGGCCGUUCAUCCAUCAGAAAGUCACACUCUUGUUGCAGCUGGAGACAAACUGGGGCAAGUUGGACUGUGGGACGUGGAUUGUGCAUCACCUAAUGAGACGGUUCAUACAUUUAACCCUCAUGCAUGGCCUGUGAGCUCCAUGUAUUUCUCCCCUGUUAACCCCGCACACCUGUUAUCGCUCAGUUACGAUGGUUCAGUACGCUGUGGAGAUGUGUGUCGUUCAGUCUUUGAUGAGGUUUUCCGUGAUGAGGAUUAUAGGUUCUCCUCAUUUGAUUUCCUGUCGGCCGAUGCCUCUGUCCUUAUAGUCGGUUACUGGGAUGCAUAUUUAUCAAUUGUGGAUCGUAGGACACCAGGAACAUCCUAUGAGCAGCAAGUAUCUCUGGGAAUAAAAAGUGUUCGCACUGUGAGCAUGCACCCUUUAAACAGAGACCUCUGUGUUGUUGCUGGCGCUAGUGACGUUUGUAUUUAUGAUGUCCGAAAACUCCAGCAGAAGAAACAGCCUGUCCUAUCACUAACCGGCCACACAAGAAGCGUGGCCUCUGCAUACUUCUCUCCUGGGACUGGUAACCGGAUUCUCACUACAUGUGCUGAUGAUCAAAUCCGGGUGUAUGACAGCAGCAACCUGAGUACCAAGGCUCCUCUCAUCACCUCAAUCAGGCACAAUAAUAACACUGGCCGUUGGCUGUCUCGUUUUCGGGCUAUUUGGGACCCCAAGCUGGAGAGCUGCUUUGUGACUGGCAGCAUGGCGAGGCCCCGGGAGAUAGAGGUUUACCAUGAAAGUGGGAAUCUUCUGCAUUCCUUCCGGGACUCCGAACACCUUGGCUCUGUCUGCUCUAUUAAUGCCGUGCAUCCCACUAGGAACGUGCUCGUGGGAGGAAACAGCAGCGGGAGGCUACACGUGUUUCUUGAUUGAUGGAGCCAGACCAAGAACAGAACCUAGUCUUUCAUGUAACAGUACUGCUGGCGCCAUAGCAGCUCUAAAGCAUAUGCGCCAAUAUGCAUCCCGUGAAAGGACCGCAAAGUUGCAUUAUUCACUUUAGGCAUCCUCAUAAACCCGUGUGAAUGCUUUUAAAGCAACUGAUCAAUGGACGCUGUAUACCCAGAUAUAAUAAUCAAGCAGCGGUUCGGUUACAUGCUCGGACAAGGUACAGCUAUGUGGCGUGAUACAGAUAUCGGUUCUUAUGCAAUAGGGGAGAUUAAUUUUCAUAAAAUGGAGCCUAAAACGUUAUAUUAUUUUAAAUGUAUUAUUUGUUUAUAGGUAUUGUACAUCUUCAAUUGUUUUACAUGUU